AUGGCGGCCGUACCAUUUUCCAUGCUGGCGGCUGGCUGGUUGGGGAUCUUCAUCGUAUACAAGUUCAUCCUUCAACCAUUGCUCUUCCACCCGCUCAGACACAUACCAUCAGCUCACUGGUCUAUCCCGAUCUUUGGUGACAGCUGGAUCACCUGGCAGCGGUACAAGGAACGCAAUAACGCGGUCACCUACGCGGCACAUCUCAAGCAUGGCACCGUUGUCCGGAUGGGUGCCAAUGAGUUGAGCGUGAACUGCGUGGAAAAUGGCAUCCGCACCAUCUAUGCCGGAGGAUGGGAGAAACAUGCCUGGUAUCCUCAGCGGUUUGCGAGCUACGGGGUCAUCAAUAUGUUCUCCACGAUCCACCACCUACCACACUCGCAGAAGAAGCGCACCAUCGCCCACGUCUACAGCAAAUCAUAUAUAGCCUCAUCACCCCAAGUUGCCGCCAACAGCGUAGCUCUAUUAUCUACCCGCUUCCUCCCUUUACUCGAUCACUUCGCCACAACUUCACAAGCCGUCGAUGUGCACGACUUGAACAACGCCAUGGCCAUGGACUUUAUGUCCGCGUUCCAGUUCGGGCUCCGCUCAUCUACCAACUUCACGCAAGACGUGGCUAAGCGCAAUGAGAUCAUGCACCUGUACCACUGCCGGCGCGAAUUCGAGUUCUUCUCCGCCGAGAUGCCCUGGAUCAAGUCUCUGACCAAGAAACUCGGCUUCCCGGUCGUGCCGCGGUUUGUUGAUGAAGCGAACGACUUACUUGAGAAAUGGAAUGCUGAGAUGUGCGACGAGGCAGACGGGUAUGCAGCUGUGCGGGACGGCCUCGCAGCGCCUUUCGCUGGGGAUGAGCCACUCGUGUACAGCCAGUUCAAAUCCGGGAUGUUGAAGCUACGAGAGAAGGACGGGAGUGCGGGAAAAGAGUUGUCAAGUGAACGAUUGAUCUUACCUACGACUCGACACGCCGAGCCGCACGACAGUGCCGCUGCUCGCGAGGACACGACCCAGGCGGAGAUCUACAGCGACAUGCUGGACCAGCUGGGCGCGGGGCACGAGACGUCGGCCAUCGCGCUGACAUACCUAUACUGGGAGCUGAGCAAGCGCCCACAACUAACGGCGGCGCUGCGCACCGAGCUGCUCACGCUCACCCCGCCGAUCCACUGGCCGCUCCCGCCAGGGACAGGGCUGAAGGACUUCCGCCUCCCGGAGCCGAAACAGCUGGACGCCCUCUCUCUCCUCAACGCAAUCGUAAUGGAAACCCUACGCGUGCACACGCCCAUCCCUGGCAUCGAGCCGCGGAUCUCACCGCACACUGCCGGCGGGAACACACUGGGCGCGUACGCGAACAUCCCGGGCGGCGUGCGCGUCUCCAGCAUGCCAUACACGCUGCACCGCAACCGCGACGUGUUCCCGGACCCGGACGCCUUCAACCCGCACCGCUGGCUACCCAGUCACACCGACGAGGAACAGCUCAAGGAGAUGCACCGCUGGUUCUGGGCGUUCGGGUCCGGCGGGCGCAUGUGUAUCGGGAGUCAUCUCGCGACUCAUGAGAUCAAAUUGCUGGUCGCGGCGAUUUAUUCGAACUGGACCACGGAGAUCGUCGAUGAUGACGGCAUCGAGGAGAUUGAUGCGUAUACCACGCGGCCCAGGGCGAAUCGCUGCAUGUUGAGGUUUGUGAGGGUGUGA